AUGGGAUCGAUUGAUCAGACCGAAGACUCCAAAGCCAUACACACCGAUGUUUUGGUAAUUGGUGCUGGUUUCACUGGCAUCGUAGCCAUCCAUCGACUUCGCAAACAGGGCUUCAACGUCAAAUGCUUUGAGCAGGGCGAGGGAUUCGGAGGUGUUUGGUACUGGAACAGAUACCCUGGUGCUCGAGUCGAUUCCGAAUGGCCAUUUUACCAGCUGGACAUACCCGAAUUGAUCAAGUCAUGGACAUUCUCCGAACGCUUCCCAGGCCAUGAAGAGAUUCGAAGGUAUUUCGAGCAUGCUGAUGAGGUGCUCGAUUUGUCGAAAGAUACCUAUUUCAACGCGAGGGUGGUCGAGGCGACACGAGACGAUGAGAAGAAUUUAUGGACGAUCAAAACCCAGCAAGGGCAUGUUGCAACUGCCAAAUACCUCAUACUUGGAACUGGUCUGCUCCAUCGCUCCUAUAUGCCAGAUUUUCCUGGUUUGGAAAAGUACAAGGGUAAUUUGUGUCAUUCGGCAAACUGGCUCAAAGAUUUCGACGGCAAAGGAAAGAAGAUUGGCUUGAUCGGAGCAGGAGCGACAGCAGUACAGAUCACUGAGCAGUUGGGCAAGGUUGCUGAAGAGCUCGUUGUGUUUCUCCGGCGACCUUCCUAUUGCUUGCCAAUGGGACAGCGAAAGAUUUCCGCGACAGAACAUGACCAACUACGCCCAUACAUUCCUGCACUGAUGAAAGCAAGCAGAGAAUCCAUCUCUGGAUUUCCAACGAUCCCAUUAUCAGGAAGUAUGCUCGCGAACCCAAGAGAAGUGUGGGAAGCUGAGCUUGAGCGCGUCUGGAGUUUGGGCGGUUUUCAUGCCAACCAGGCCACUUAUCGUGAAAUCUAUGUCAACCCGGAAGCAAACGAGCUACACUAUCAAUUCUGGCGCAAGAAAGUCUGUCAACGCCUCACAGACCCCGAAAAACAGAAAAUCAUGGCCCCCGAGAAGAAGCCUUACCACAUCGGAACAAAACGCUGCCCUCUCGAACAGGACUACUACGAAGUCCUAAACCAACCCAAUGUCAAACUCCACGAUCUCAAAGCUGCUCCUUUGAAAGAGUUCACCGAGAGAGGAAUCAUCACCUCCGACGGCAAAGAAUACGAAUUCGACGCCGUAGUUCUCGCCACAGGUUUCGACGCUUUGACAGGCUCUCUCACCAAACUCGGCCUCAAAAACAAAGACGGCGUCGACUUGAAAGAUCUCUGGGCCAAUGGUGUUUCUUCCUAUCUCGGUCUCGCCAUCUCCGGUUUCCCCAACGCUUUCAUGGCUUACAGUCCUCAAGCUCCCAAUACCCUUUCCAACGGCACCACGAUUCUUCAAUGCCAGAUUGAAAUCAUUGUUGACAUGAUAAAUAAAUUGGAAGGCGAAGAGAUUAAAUCUAUUGAACCGACGCCUGAGGCGGAGAAGGAAUGGAAAGCGGCGAUUAGUGAAUUUGCGGAUCGUACAUUGUUUCCGCAGACGGAUUCUUGGUGGAAUGGAGCCAAUAUUCCAGGUAAGAAAGCGGAGUUUUCGACUUUUCUUCCGGGUAUUGCUGUUUAUGAGCGGAAUUGUCGCGAUACGUUUGAGAAUUGGAGGGGAUGGAAGGUUGUUAGGAAUCAGUAG